UGUCACGUGACAUGAUAAAGGAUUCAUAGAUAAUGAAUUGCAUUGCAGUGUGCUUGUAAGGUGAGAUCUGUGUUGCAUCCACCGCAUCGUCUCUUAAACUGCACAACUUCAGCAAAACAGCGAAAAAACUCCGCGUGAACAAACUUUGGACAAUGUCUGCCAAUGGUUUUAUACCAUCCUGUGAUCUCAAGGAAAUUCCUCCCUUGGAAAAUUCUGCUGAAGGAUCUGUGAAAUCUGCUCUUAAAUGCACUGAUGAUGAAUAUCACAACGUGCCACUUGAUAACCCCAAAAGUCAACCAAAUGGAAAUUGUAUACCCUCCGUCAUAAAACAUAACACAGCAGACGGGCCGCCUGUACUACUGGAGGUCAGAAAUGCCCGUAUCGCUCCAGCCCAGGAACUAUGGAGCACUGCGAGAGACAAACCUGUCAAGUUGAGGAUGGAAGCGUCAGGACCGGGCUCAGAACAUCCAAUGACGGUCCAUCAGAUGUUUCUAGCCUCUGUGGAGAAGUAUGGAGACAAACCUGCCCUCCGUUCAAAAAACGAUGGGACGUGGGUCACCCUGACCUAUAAGGAAUACUAUCAACAUUGCAGAGCUGCUGCAAAAAGUUUUUUGAAGCUCGGCCUGCAGCGAUUCCACGGUGUCGGCAUUCUGGGCUUCAAUUCUCCCGAAUGGUUUAUAGCAGAUAUUGGAUGCAUCCUGGCAGGGGGACUCGCCACUGGAAUCUAUACAACCAACACACCAGAAGCGUGCCAGUAUGUCGCUGAAAACUGCGAAGCUAAUGUUCUGGUGGUCGAAAACCACAAACAACUGAUCAAAAUCCUCCAGGUCAGAGAUCAGCUACCACAUUUGAAGGCUAUUGUUCAGUACAAGGGUGAACUGGAGCAGAAGUUAAAUGAUGUAUAUACGUGGGCUCAAUUCAUGGAGGUUGGUGAAGACGUCCCUGAUGCAGAACUGGAUGCAGUGAUUGACAGUCAGAAUUCGAAUGAGUGCUGUACAUUGAUCUACACAUCAGGGACCACUGGAAACCCCAAAGGGGUCAUGCUCAGUCACGAUAAUAUCACAUGGACUGCCAGUGCAGCAGGUGUCAUGAGCAGACAGAGGAUGGGUGAAGAGGCAAUUGUGAGCUAUCUGCCCCUGAGUCAUGUGGCAGCCCAAAUGAAUGACAUGUGGAUCUGCAUGAGGUUUGCUGGCACAACCAAUUUUGCUGACCCAGAUGCCCUUAAGGGAUCUUUAGCCAACACUUUGCGAGAGGUUCGUCCCACAAGUUUCCUGGGAGUUCCAAGAGUCUGGGAAAAAAUGCAAGAGGCGAUGAAAGCUGCCGGUGCAAAGUCGUCCGUCAUGAAGAAGAAGAUCGCUGACUGGGCCAAGGGUAUAGGACUUUCGGCAAGCUACUGUGACAUGAAUGGUGACUCCGGUGUGCCGUGGGGCUUCACGAUGGCAAAUAACUUGGUUUUUAAAAACGUGCGGAAAGCUCUAGGUCUGGAACGAUGUCGGGGUUGUUUCACGGGUGCGGCUCCCAUUACAAAAGACACGCUGGAGUAUUUUAUGAGUCUGUACAUUCCCAUCUUCGAGCUUUAUGGUAUGAGUGAGAGCUCAGGACCUCACACCAUCUCCUGGAAUGAGGACUUUCGCAUUAUGAGCUGUGGUAAGGUGAUGAUAGGCUGCAAAACCAAGCUAGACAAGCAGGACGCCGAUGGAAAUGGAGAGAUUUGUUUUUGGGGGAGACAUGUGUUCAUGGGAUACCUAAACAUGCCGGAUAAAACUGAAGAGGCUCUUGAUGCAGAUGGGUGGCUGCACUCGGGUGACCUGGGAAAAGAAGACAAUGAUGGCUUCUUGUACAUCACAGGCAGGAUAAAAGAGUUAAUCAUUACUGCCGGUGGAGAAAAUGUGCCACCCGUCCCCACUGAGGAUGCUAUAAAAGAGGAGGUGUCAAUCAUCAGCAAUGCCAUGUUAGUUGGAGACAAAAAGAAGUUCUUGUCCAUGCUUCUCACUCUGAAAUGUAACAUGGAUGAGAAUGGAGACCCAACAGAUGAACUGACCCCGCUCGCCGUCGAGUUCUGCCGACAGCACGGUGUAAUCGCCAGCAAAGUCUCGGAGAUCAUUAACAAAAAAGAGCCAGCCAUUUACAAAGCAAUCCAGGAGGGCAUGGAGCGUGUGAAUGCCAAAGCCACAUCCAAUGCCCAAAGAGUACAGAAAUGGACUAUACUGCCACGGGACUUCUCAAUAUCUGGCGGAGAACUUGGUCCAACCAUGAAGCUAAAGAGGCCUGUGGUCACGAAAAUGUAUACAGAAGAAAUCAACAAAUUCUAUGGUGAAUAACAUCGGAAAUUCAUUGGAAAGCAAUGAAACUGUUAGGCUGCUUUAAAGCAACAGUGGAUGACAACACAGAGAUCUCAUUCUUCGCCUUUGCUCAGUAAUCUGUGUGGAUUUCGCUCACUCCAGGGCUUCUGACAGAUCCUGCGAUCUAUAACAAAGCUCACUGUCCUAGUGCAUGCUAUCUGUAUAUGCUGUUGAACGGACUGAAUCAUAGCAGAUGUGAUUUAAAGGAACAGUAUGUAGGAUUGUGGCCAAAACUGGUAUUGCAAUCACAAAACUUGUGGCUAAAACCGGUACUGCAAUCACACAACUGGUGGUCAAUACACAACAUGACAACAUAAACAUCAGUUGAGGGCUGCAACUCCACUUUUUAAAUGACAAUAUCCUGGCCAGACCACUGUUGUCAGUAGUAUAAGUAUUUGAAAUGAAAAUGAUUUCUUAAUGUCUAGUGACAUAUCAGGGUCAUUUUAUGAUUAAUUGAUAUACAUUUCUUACAUACUGUUCCUUUAAGCCCCACUCUGUUUUCUUACUGUUUCUGUUUUUCAGUACAUAUCACUACUAACAAUACAUGAGGUGAUCCAAAUGAUUGAUACUUUCUGUUUUGUAUAUUCUGUACGAUAUAAAAAUGAAACAAGACUGAAACUACUGUGCACAAUACUGUUAAUUACUGUAAUAUAGUUACACUUUCUAUAAACAAAUAGGCUGACGGUCUGUAUUGGGAUCUGUACAGGGUUAAUAAUGCUGCUUGCAACACUUAAAACACCUAUAAUGUGUAACUGUACAUAAGCAGAUGUGUAAUGGUGUUUGUCUUAUCUUUCGAGUUUCACAGAGCACACUGGAUAUUUAUGAGUGAAACUUGACAACACAUGUUGAAAAAUAUAUAAAUGAAUAAUAUAUCCAUGAAUAAUAAAUGAUAUAUUUGGAUGCGUU